UGUUCAGUCAUGGCGGCCGCCGCGAUGUGUUCAGUGGUGAUGUCCUUAAGCCGAAUAAAUCAACGUCUAGGUGUUCUGACGCUAAACCCGGUGCACAAAGGAGCUGCGUAUUCGAAAGGCGUUUCUGUGAGAGGAAGAAGAGGAGGACCUCCGAGCAGUAGACCGAGGAGAGAAGCCGGACCACCGCGGUGGGAGAAGAUGACCCCGGACCAGGAUUGGACCGCUGUAUACCCAACUGCAGCUGCUUUCAAGCCGAGCGCGGUGCCUCUGCCCAUCCGCAUGGGCUACCCAGUGGAGAGGGGUGUUCCGCCUGCCAAGGAGGGCAACCUGGAGCUCAUAAAGAUUCCAAAUUUUUUGCAUCUAACACCUGCCGCCAUUAAGAAACACUGUGAAGCUUUAAGACUGUUCUGCACCGAGUGGCCGUCAGCACUGGACUCAGAUGCCCACUGUGAGGAGCACUUUCCCAUCCAGCUGGAGAGCAGGGACUACGUGUUCGCAGGGCCCUCCCUGAGGAACCCUCAGGCCCGUGUGGUGACGCUCAGAGUGAAGCUGUCCAGCCUGAACUUGGAUGAUCAUGCACGGAAGAAGAUGAUCAAGCUUGUGGGAGAGCGGUAUUGCAAGAAGAGCGACACGCUGACCCUCACGGCUGACAGGUGUCCGCUGAGAAAGCAGAAUAAAGACUACGCAUUCUACCUCCUCACAGUUUUAUACCAUGAGUCAUGGAAAACGGAGGCUUGGGAGCAGGAGAAAACCGUGGAGGACAUGGAGGAGUACAGCUGGGAGGACAGCCCUUCCCAGAGGAAUGUUCUGGACACCCUGCUGCGCAUGCGGACACUUGGGGACAGUGCGGACGCAGCAGUGGACACAGACUCAGUGCGAAAGGAGCUGCUGGCCUCCUCUGAAGUACAGGAGUACGCGGCUAGCGUGAGCCGGCUGAAGAACGAGGGCGAGAGCGAGAGCAGCGUGCUGCAGUACAGGGAGGCUGUCAAGAAAGUCCUGCGCCUCUGAGGGACACAGACCAGACUCAGCGAGCUCACGGACUGUGAUGGAGUCAUUGGCGACUGAAUCCAUUCAUAUUUUUGAGAGCGACAUGGUGCCCCUUCAUUUUUGGUCAAAUAAAAUAUUUUACCUGGUUCCUCUUUUUUUUUUUUUUAAACAUAUUUUCAGGGUCUUGUUUGACACAUUUAUUGUGCAUUUCUCCAGGAUUUUGACAUGUCUCUUCCUGACAGAUGUAAGCAUGCCAGCAAUAUGUCCCCGUGUCCAGCAAUUAAAGAGCUUUUAUUUUGCACCUUGGCA